AUGCCUCUAUUUAGAGAUACAGGUAUUAGCGAAACAAAGUCUAGAUUUGAAUGUAGACCAACUGAGCUUUAUCUGUUAGAGAAGGCAUUCGAUAAAGAUUUCCUCUGCAUAUUGAGUAAAGUGUCAAGAGGAAGUGUACAGGAAAAGCUUCAGUGGGUCUUCGGCCUCUACGAUUUAAACGGAGACGGUCUCAUAACAAAAAAAGAAAUGCUAGAAGUCGUAGCGUCCAUAUACGAAAUGCUCGGACGAUCGACAAAUCCUCAAGUUGAAGAACAUUCGGCGAAAGAUCACGUCGAAAAGAUUUUCCAUCUCAUUGACACAAACAAAGAUGGAGUGGUCACAAUAGACGAAUUGGUAGAGUGGUGUUCAAGAGACGAGCGGAUACUUCAGUCACUCGAGACACUCGACACCGUACUGUGAUCACCAGGCCCAACUGAUGAUGAAACAGCAAUAUUACUUGUUUAUCUGCGCCUUUCGAUUGCCAGAUUUUCCUUUCUGGAGAUGCUCACUCCCUCCGAAUCGACUAAACCUUUUCAUUUCAUGAAAAAUGAAAUGUCUGUUGAAUACAUUCAAACUGUUAUAAACUGAAUGUAUAAUUAACACGGAAAAGUGAAAACUUUGUUAAACAUUAUUUACCGUCUUGAGUUGUAUUGUUUGUCUAUGGUUUAUGGGUCCAGAUGUGUUUCUUUUUUAACAAA